AAAACAAGGUUGUUAUACAUCACAAGAAAUUAUGCAAGAAGCAAAAAUGAUGAAUGAAGAAAUACUACAAUUGGAAGUAGUGGAAGAUGAAGUUAUACAAGAAACCCCUAUAAUACAGAAAGAGAUUGCUGAAUUAAAACGUAAGAGAUCUUUAUAUACUGGAACGUCAAGAACAACAGCUUGGAGAAAAAAACAAAAAGCUAAUACAUCAUUAAACGUGAAAGCAUCACCUGAUUUGUCGCACCUGUUUCCAGCUGUUGAUACUAUGAAAUGA